UCAGUGUUUUUUUCGUACGAACUCAAGAUGGCGGCCAAUUUACGUGAACGCAGGGACGAGUAGAAAACUAAUUCGCGUUCUCAUGUUAAAAAUAGUGUUUUUAUUGUGAUAUUAAUGUAUAUAUCAUUCUUUAUCUAAGCGUAUGUGUCUAUGUGCUAUAUGUUAUGAGUUAUCGAUGUUUUUGAAGUCAUAUGUGCAAUAUUGCUAUACAAGGCAUAAAAAAUGUUCAGUGUUCAAUUGUGAUUAUUAUUUAUAUAGUGAUAGUUCUCCUUUGGGCGUAAAGAUGCUUGUUAUUGGAUGAUAUUGGUGAUUUCACUUUCGCUAGUAUGGAAAAAGCGAAAGCCUACAUAAAAAGCUCGUUGAAUACGAGCGGCGGGCCCAACCUUAGCCCGCCGGCGACCAACGGGAACGGAAGUAAUACUCCCGGGGCGGGGAAGUCUCCCGUCUCACCUGCCCCCGCCGCCGCCUCCGCUAUGCCCGCCGCGCCCGCUGCACGCGACGCUCCCGACGAGCGCGUGUGCUUCGUGUGCGGUGGGAAUGGUUUCAGCGAUUACUUCACUAUACGGGUGAAGCCCGAUCCGCAGAGCAGCGAGCCCUACUUUCCGUUCCUGGGUGCUCACGCGGCGCCGGCCGGCUACCGCGCCGAAGGCGACGAAGAAGGCACCGUUAAGUGCUGUUGCGUGUGCUAUACCUUCUUGAGAUCGCAGUGGGAGCAGUACGACAGAGAGAACAAACCUCACACGCAGCGAUUCUACUGGAUGAAGAGGCUGGACGGGAAGCCUUUUAUUGGGGCCGACAUGUCCUUCCAAGGCGAGUACGCGGCCCAGGUGCUGGGUCUGGGUGCAGAUGGGACCAACGCGCGGGACGGGGGAGACGCUCCUCCCAGCGCACCCACCGCGCCGCCCACGCCCCGUCCCCUCCACGAACAGACCCCGAGGGCCAUCUCGCCCAAGAAAGAGCACGGCAAGUUCAACAAUGUCGGAAGGACGUCGCAGACGCGCUUCGGCGCAGGGGGCGUGGAAGAAGAAGGCGUGCUGGACCUGCGGGCGAGGGAUCCCUCCGUCAUCUCCGUGGGAUCUCAGCACUCGGGCACCUCGGAGCCAGCCGGCUACCUCGACGCGGUCAGGUCGACCGUGUCCGUCUACUCGGGCAACUCGAACUCGAGCUCGGACAGAGACAUCUUGGACCUGUCGAUGCCGGACAAGAACUGCAUGACGGAGGUCUGCUACGUCUGCGGAGACGAGUACCGCCGAGGGGCACUCGUCAAUCUACACACCACUUCGCCCAAGGACAAGUGUAACAAGCAGGCGUACUUCCCCAUAUUCGGCGAGCAGCACCCGCGGCCUCCUCGCUCCAGGCCCAAGGACGCCGCGGGGACCGUCCGAGCCUGCGUCGCCUGCCACACGCACCUCGUGCACCAGUGGAACUCCUACCAGAUGCGAGGCGUACCUCCCCACGAACGCGUAUACACUCUGCGGACGCGGCCGCCUUCAUUGCUUCCACCUUCGCCGCUGAGCCUCGCCUCGAGCGGAGAUAAGUCGGCAGCGCAUGCGCAUUCCCCUUCCCUGGAGCGUCCACCCAGUCAGACCACGGCUACGUUCGUGUGCUACGUGUGCGGUGUCUCGGCGCCCAGUUCGCAACUCCGGCUGGUGUACUGCUGUCCCAACCCGGAGAGAGAACCCUACUACCCUUUCAUAUAUAACCUCAAACCCCACCCCGACGCGAGCCCUAUUAGUCCACAGGGAAUGGUGCAGAUCUGCGCGUCGUGCAACAAGAGCAUCCCGCACAAGCAUCCCGCCUUCAGCGAAAACGGAGAUGUCAACCUCAACAAUGCGCACACGAACAAUAAUAUUAGGUUUAAGCCGUACGAGAUGAAGAGCUCGGGCGUGGCGACGAAGCGGCCGUCCAGUGCGCUGGCGGCCAGCCCUCACUCGCACUCCGUCAGCGGAGAGAACGGGUUGGGCCUGUACCGGUGCUACGUGUGCGCGGGGCUGUUUCCGCAGCAGUCCAUGGAGUGGCUGUCGACGAGCGCCGAGUACAUGAACUCGCACGCCAUGCACUUUCCGUGCCUGGCCGUGUGCGGGGCGGGGGCGGGGCCGGGCGCCGGGGGGGCCGGGCCGCGGGGCGGGAGGGUGCUCUCCUGCUCGCGCUGCGUGCGCCACCUGGCCCGCCAGUGGGAGCUCAUGGACGCCGAGCGGGUGCCGCUGGAGCACCGGCGCUACAACAUCCCGUCCCCCCUGCCCUCCAACUCCUCGGUCGGCGGCGAGAGGGUCAUCCCCACGCCGCCCUCCACCGCCUCGGACCGGACGGUGGCCAGCAAUAGCGCCUGCACGUCGAUCUACUGCUUCCUGUGCGGGCUGCACUCGGACUUCACGUUGGCGCGGAUCCUGUACGGGCAGCCGCAGGGCAACGCGCCGUACUUCCCCUGUCUGCUCACGCAUCAGAGUCAUCCCAACGCGGAACAGUUGCGAGAGAACGGUUCCGCCCUAGUCUGUACCUUCUGUUACCAUUCCUUGCUCAGUCAGUGGAGGAGAUACGAAGAGAGCGGCAACUUCCCGGCGGAGAGACGAGCCUACAACACGCACGACUACCAUUGUCAUCUCUGCGCGGUCAAGACCUACAGGAAACGGGUGCGGGCCUUGCCCAUCAAGGAAUUCCCAUUCUUGAGCCAGAGGAGAACUGAAAAUUCGUUGUUGUUGGAGAACGGCGACUACGCCGUCGUGUGCUUGGACUGCUACGAGAGCUUGAGGACGCAGGCGCAGGACUACGAGCGCCGAGGCGUGCCCGUGGAGAAACGCGAGUACAACUGGCUGCAGCAGCCUCCGCCGCCCGAGGACAGCGCCGACGUCACCAUCGCCCGACUGCCCUCGGGGGACCGAUCCGACAAGCUGAUUCCGCAGUCCCUGGUUGUGGGUCGCGGUAAGCGCCACAGUCCCAGCGGGAAGCCCCCGCCCGAGCGAAGACCCACUCCCGCGCACCACAAGAUCGACAAGCACGAUGCAGGUGUGAGUGCGAAUAAAAUUGCCAAGCGGACGGAACUGGCGGCGAACAAGGGCGGUCCUUUUGCGGCGGCGUUACGCACGCUCGCGAAAAACGCCGGCCCAGACGCUAAAGAUGGAGCGGGCGGCGGACCGACGGCAGGGGACAGGGACGCCGGCAAGGACAAGCCACCUCCGGCUCCGACCAAGCGCGCCUCGCCACACCACCUGCCGGCCUCCGGCUUCCAGCCCUAUCGCCCCGACGACAGACUGUCGCAUCCCGCGGCUUCGUUCCCUCUGCUGGAGCCGGCCACUUACUCGCCCUACGCGCACCCGGGACUCUACUCCAGCGCCGCUUUGCAAUACAGGCUCGCGGCAGAGGAGCAAAUCUACCUGGAGCGCAUGUUCAGGGGCGGAAUGGGCGUCGGUUGGCUGCCGCCCUAUUCCGCCUAUCCUCUCCUCGCCCCGCCUCUAUCCUUGGUGCAUCCGGGACACCCGGGUCACCCCGGUCACCCCGGCCAUCCGGGACACCCGGGCCACCCCGCGCAUCCGGGUCAUCCGGCACAUCACCAGCACGCGGCGCACGCGCACGCUCUGCACGACGAGAGGGAGAAGGAGAUAGCGCUGCAGAGGGAGAGGGAGAGAGAGCGGGAACGCGAACGGGAGAGGGAAAGGGAGAGAGAGCGAGAGCUUCGAGAGAAGGAAGCCCGGGAGAGAGCGCAGAGGGAGAAGGAGUCUCGUCGCGCCGCGGCCCCGCCCCCGCUGCUCUACCGGCCCUUCCGGCCUUACGAGCCCGACCCCGGUGAGCAGCCCACUUCCGCUCCGCAGCCGGUGCAGCCCGCGCCGCAGCCCACCGCCGCAUCCGCCACGCAGCCCGCCGCGCUCUGACACACCGCCCGGGGCCCUGAGGGGGGCCGAUAGCGUCUCCUUCGCGUCCGCUGAAGCUUCAGUCCCUCCGUGAGCGAGAACUCACGUUCGGUUUCAAAUCGAUCGAACUUCGCGACCGAAGUCUCGUCGAAUCGGUUUGUCUGGUCAGUUGUGAUAAAAGAGGAGAGCUGUAUCUGUACCUCCACAGAGGUAUCGAUGUGAAUUGUGAUAGUCUCAGUCCAGACGGGGCCGGGCCGCACGUUUAGCUUUGCGCCGACCGAAUCGCAUUCCCCGGGGAGGGCUUCGACGACCGACGGACGAGUCGUCUCAAACUGUUUAGGUGAUAACCAUGAAGGUACAAAAUUUAGUUAGAGAUUUAAAAAUCUGUUCUUUUCGUGAAUUGACCGUUUUAUAAAUGAGAUUCCUUCGACGAAAAGAAAUCCUUGAAUUUCAAAAGACUUAUAAAUUAUAAACGUUUAACUGUUGAAAAUGUUUAUAACAUCACCGAAGACUUUUACUCUCGCGGUAAACUUCACACUUUACUUUAGAUUUAGAGCGAUUUAAUAGAACGGUAAGGUCGUAUUAAAGAAAUGUAAUAUUUGGGCGUUCGUCAACCGAGUCUUCCGAUCUCUCUAUCCGAAAUCCUAUCCUCAUAACAAUUGUUAGCUACCCUUUUUCGUCUCUUUCCAUCGUAUCUCAAACACGAUUCGACAGAAAGAGAAAAACGCCGAACUUUUCUAGUGAGACGCCUGCUUUUAAUAUUACCUUAUCGUUUUACGAGUCGACGAAGCGAAGUUAGCGAACGAAGCGAUCUGCCAGGAGCAGCGCGUGCGCGGUCCUGUACUAUAUUGUAUUCCCGUUUACUAUAUUUUAUAUUAUAUAAUCAUCGCUGUAUAAUAAAUACGUGUUACGAUUGUCACGAGCGCCGUCGAUCCGCCGUCUCGCCCGUGAAUGUAUGAAUCGGAACAAACUCUUGUGAUUGAAAACUAUGUACUUAUUGUGGACGGACGGAGCGAUCUCUGCUCCGUGGAGACGGCGAGAGAAGAGAAAAUGUCUAUUAUGUGUUCGGCUUGCGUUUUCUACCUCGGCGUGUCGCGACGUGUGAAGGCCUACGUUCGAAGUUCUCUCGGCACCCGGCGACGUUCGGUCGUUUGCUAAAGCAGUUGUAAUAUUUAUUCACUAGAUGGCGCCGAAACGUGCGGAUCCCCGCCCGCGCAUCUGUGAUACGCCGUGGGCGGUGCGACUCGACCGGUCGUCGCCGAGAGACGAUCCUCUUUCUGUAUCAAUAGAUAGACUUUAUUAUUAAUUGUAGCUCGUAAUAGGUGUUCAAUACUUUUGUUUUCUUUUUGUAAGCGAAGCAUUUAGCCAUGUAAAUAUAAUAUAGAUACGAUAUGGACAAUACCUAACAAGUGAAAAAGUAUGAUUUUAUUGAAAAUACAUUCGGUGAAAUUGA